GUUUGCUUAGGGCGUGGCAGCUUCGGAUAAAGGCAGGACUCCGCCUGGCAGCCCCGACUUCUCCUGGAACCUCUGAUCAGCGUGGUGAACCCCACAGGCCAGCACAGCACUCUGACAUGCAGAAGGCGACCCUGGGCCUGCUCGUGUUCCUGGCAGGCUUGCCUGUCCUGGAUGCCAAUGACCCGGAAGAUAAAAACAGUCCUUUCUACUAUGACUGGCACAGGCUUCGGGUCGGCGGGCUCAUCUGUGCCGGGGUUCUGUGCGCCUUGGGCAUCAUCAUCCUCAUGAGUGGGAAAUGCAAAUGCAAGCUCCGUCAGAAGCCCGGUCACCAUCCAGGGGAGGCUCCACCUCUCAUCACCCCAGGCUCAGCCCAUAACUGCUGAGGACAGACCAACCAAAACUGGGUGGAGGACCCUUCUCUGUCCCCGGGUCCUGUCUCUGCACAGCAACUUGAACUCCAGAAUGGAAUUGUUCCUCCUUGGCUGGGACUUCCUUGCACAGAUGGGCCUUAUCAUCUCACCUCUCGUGGGAGGGUCUCGUUCAAUUUUUAAUCUAAAAUGAUUGUGCCUCUGCCCAA